AUGAGGAAGUUCGUGGAGGGUCCGGUGGAUCGACUGCAGUGUGACAUCCACAGGUACAGCAAAGGGAUGAGCCGUGUGCGCUGGCCAAGCCUGGGAGGAAAGGAGCACGACAUCUGGUUCACCUGCACACUGCGGCACACCGCAGGCCUCUUCAACAUCACCACCUUCCUCAGAGUCACCCCGGCCACGGCCAUGUCGGCCCACCAGCCAGACUUCCUCAGCUGGCUCACCAUCGGAGUUAAAGAAAAGAUAAGCGCCUCAGGUAUGGUACAGACCAAUGGAUUUAUUUUGUAUUGUGGGCUUACAUACAAAUUCGGCAUGUACUUUAACAUCUACUCUUACACUGUACUCUUGUGUCUAUUGUAUACAUUAUUAUGGCACAGAUUUUUUUCCUGGUCAGGGUAUGUGGUCAACUUCUGGCCCUAGACAUAUUAUGUCUGAUUUUAUACAGGUAUGUAUGGCAGUGGUCCAACCUAAGAUCUGUCUGUGUGCCUCCCCUGUCCUCCGCUGCCCUUACCUUCCCCCUGUCUGUAUGUAGCUGUGAUGGUGCUUAUGACCCGCUCUCCUUCCGUGCGGGUGGGCCUGCAGAAAGAGACGACCCUGCACUGUCAGUUUGCCGUGGACCACAAGGUCCCUCACCUUACAGUCGAGUGGCAUCUACAGCAGCACGGAUGGCACCGGACCAAGCUGUUCAGCUACUCCAGCAGCACAAGGCAGACAGAGGGCAGCGGGGUGGCAGUGAAGGGCAUUGCCGGGGGGGAUGCCUCCCUGACUGUGCCCUACACUGAGGUGAGCAGUGAGGGGACAUACGUGUGUUCCGUCCGCGUACCACCACUCAACGGGAGUGUGGACAUCGCUCUGCACGUCAUAGGUGAGACCUCUGGGGGUAUGAGGGAGGCAGCUCACUGUGUUGGUAUCAAGUUAGUUUUCAAUUCAGUCAAAUCAGGAAGUGAAUUGAAAUAAUUGAAAAUGCCUUAAUGACUUGAGGAAGUACAACUUUAAAUAAUCACACUAGAUGCCCGUCUUUUGUGUUUCACUCCUCUCCUCCCUCAGAGCGUCCUCGUGUUUCCUUGACCACAGAGGAGGAGCAGAUCCCCAGGGUAGUGUGCAACGCCGAAGUCUUUUACCCCCUGGAUGUGGAGAUUCACCUUUUCAAGGAGACCAGCAGUGGUCAACUGCCUGAGAAGCUGGAGGACGUCACGCAUUGUAGUCACCACAAACACCAUGACGGUACCUACUCUGUGACAGCCUCCGUCCGGCUGCGGCCCUCCCCUCAGGACUCGGGGUGCGCAAUGUAUUCCUGUAGAGUGUCACACGUCUCCCUGCGAGGCCUGUACAUCCACAAGAGCAUUAUCGGCCCAGGUGAGAUAAAUCAAUCAAUAAAAUGUAUAAAACCCUAUACAUCAGCUCUGGUCACAAAGUGAUGCAAAAUAACUAAAAGCAAAAAAGAGGCUCAGAAAAACAGCCUAGUAAGAAGACCUAAACACAGCACGGUUUUAGAGGACAUUUCUGUUCAAAUGUUAAGAGUAUAUCCUCUGUGUGAAUGUAACACUAUAUUAUAUUUAACCUGUGAUUAAUCUUAUCAGGCUGUUGGACUUGGAUUCAUCUGACCUUGCCUGGAUUGGUAUGCCUGAUUGGUGUGAUUUUCAUGUUCAUAGGUGAGCCUUUCCUACUCUGUGGACAUAAUCAUUGAGUCACUGCUAGAAUGACUGAUAGUUCACUCAAAUUAUAAAAUAUAAUUUUGGUUUCCUUACCCUGUAAACUUGUUCAAUGGAUUAGUGUUUAUUGAUUGUGAGGACAAAUCCUUUUCUUUCACAGUACUAACAAGACGGAGUUGUUGUUAUGGUAACAAGACAGUAACAAGACGAUAAAAGAAAGAUGAAAUAAGAUGAAAAGUCUCCACCUCCUUCUCCUCCUUGACCCCGUUUUGCAGCUCAGUGCUUCAUUUGGACAUCUGGGUGUGUGAAGUACCUUUAUUGUUUCUUUAUUUAAUGCUUGUAUUUAAUAAUUAAUACACUGUUUCUGGAUUGUGUGUUUUAACAGUUCUAUGGUUGCUUUGAUAUUUAUUAUUCAUAUAAUUUGACUUUGAAGAAUUAUCGAUUAAUCUCAAUACAAAAUGUAUUUAUGUCCUAUUUUCCAAAUUAAUUUAUUAUGUAGACUGCAGUAAAAUUCACUGGUUAUAUUACCUAUGGACGUACUCCUGGCAGGAUAGCAGGGAAGCAGGAGGGAGGGACCUUUGGGGAGAAGGGAAAAUGACCUCUGUUAGUUUGUCUGGAGGCCCCGUGUAGCUCAGUUGGU